AUGAAGGUGAUCUACUUCUUCACGAUUCUCUGGACACUAGCUGUUUCUACGUUCUGCGAGCCAGUGAACGAACCUCCGAAAACGAAACUGACGAUUCUAAAAUGUUGUCGACACAUGGAGGAGUUGGAGAAAGAAUUGGACAAUGACAUGGACGCCAAGUCUCGUUGCGUAUCGACUCAAUUCGAUUGGAAACCUGUCAUCUAUUCGCCUUCCAAACAAAAGAUGUUGGAUACUCCGCCAGAAGAAUGGAAUAUCGUCGAAGGAAAGAAGCCAGAUUGCAAAGACAAUUCGGUGUUAACCUAUGUGCCGUACAGACACACGAAUCCAUUCGUAAUCAUGGACGAUGGUCGCGUGCUUCCCGACAUACACGUGAACGACACAUUCGAACCGAACGAAUACUGCGCCGAUUCUAAUGCCUUGCUCGUGUGUAUGAAAAAUAAAAUGAACGGCAGUCAUGCAGCUAAUACGAUGAGGCCACGAGUUAGACAAUGCUGUGGAGAAAAUGCGGCUUUCUACGAAGAAAUACAUUCGUGCGCCCAUCUGAAGGAAGCUGCGAACCCAACACCUUUAUUACCGAAUGCAUCCGCCUCUGUUGAUAUAGUGCCUGGUUUCCCAACGUGUCCUCGUUCCGACAAUUUUACGAUUUUGGGAGAUGCGAAAGAUGCCGUAUUGUUGCCGGAUGGAGGCUUGAAAAUCGACGGAGUCACUUUACCCAGUGGCAAGUUCUGCGUCGAGAGGAUCAAGGAACUGAAUCACGUGUCCAAGGUCUUCGCUUGCUCCGAGAACGCAUCGCAAAGACCUAUAAUGCAAGCGGCCGACAUCAGGUUCACCUUGUAUCCCGUGGGCUUCAUCAUUAGCGUGGUCUUUCUGGCAGCCACGUUGGCCGCCGGUUGGCUGCUGCCAGCCUCUCAUCACGUUCUGCAUUGGCGCUGCCAGACUCAUCAUGUCACCUGCCUGAUGCUCGGUGAUCUUCUCAUGGCCAUCAUUCAACUCGCCGGAGACUCCCUUCACGGUGUAAGCUGUAAAGCGCUCGCAAUCAUGGCUCACUUCUUCUUCCUUGCCGCGUUCUUCUGGCUGAACACGAUGUGCUUCAACAUCUGGUGGACGUUCAGGGAUCUGAGACCGGCGAGCUUGGAGAAAGGCCAAGAGACCCUUCGACUACGAGUGUACGCUUGCUACGCGUGGGGUGGCCCCCUUCUGGUCGCCGGUUUGGCCGCCCUUCUCGAUCAUCUUCCGCCACAACCUCAGUACACGUUCCUCAGGCCCCGUUUCGGCGUGAAACAGUGCUGGUUCUAUGAUGACAUGGCAAUCUUGGCAUACUUCUUCGGCCCCAUCGGCUUCUUGCUCGCUGUCAAUCUUCUGUUUUUCGCAGCAACCGCCCGCGAGCUGACGUGCGGUCUAUGGAAAGGCGAAUUCGUGAAAAGCACCACGGAACGAGCCGCAUUAGGCCGCGUGUGCAUGAAGCUGGUGGUCGUGAUGGGCGUCACCUGGGUGGCCGACGUCGUCUCGUGGGCGGUCGGUGGCCCUCAAUACAUCUGGUACUUCACCGACAUGAUAAACGCGUUCCAGGGAGUGCUAAUCUUCGCGGUGGUUGGCUGCCAGCCCCAGGUCCGCGCCGCGUUGAAGAGGAUCUGCAACAGGAACCCGAGGACGAACGCUGGAAGGCAGGGAAACGGGCUGAGCACUACCAGUCACGGGAUGCCCAGCAUGGGCGACAGCGUGAUUCAGAAUCCGAGCACGAAGACCGCCCCGCUGGAAACCAUCUGCUAAGCGACUUCCUCCGACCGGUGCGGCGUUCACCUCCGCGCUUCGGAGAUCGUCGCUCCGCCAUCGUCCACGUUUAUCCACGAACGCGGAAUUUCGGUGGACGGGAAGCGGAGCCUGCUCGAAACACGUUGAACAGACGCGGAAGUCGAUCGAGCGGAAGAACAUUGUAUACGAAGCGAUCAUACGUGCGAAACGUCCAACCAUUGAUAGAUCGGUACCAAGAAGCGGAAUUAAUUAGAUUCGGAUUAAAGUCGUCGCGAUGUGAAACGAUACAGAGGAGGAUCGUCCUCGAUUGAUUUACUUGAGUAUCGACCAAAAGAAAACGCUGGUUUCCCCUUCUAUUAAAUAUUAAAUAAUUUCCAAUUACGUUGGGUGA